AUGGCUUAUAUAUCCCUCUACAACUCCCCAGACACUGGUCAGGGUGGUGUGUGUCCUACCAAUGCUGCUUCCUCACAGCUAGUGGUAAGCAGCCAGGAGCUAGGGUGCUUCAAGCUCCCAACUAGAAUAUCUAGUUACACGUUCGACACGAUGACGUUCAUGGACAAUGUCGACGUCGAGCUCGAGAUCGUGUUUUCGCCAUAUUCCAACUGCGCACCAACCUCCGAGUCUACAUCAGUCAUAGACACAAACAGUGUUGUCAGCUGGCGCUGUAAAAGCCUAGAGCAGGCAGCCACCCACUACCGUGUUUCAAAGGUUUCCAAUGAAAAGCGGGAUGUCGCAAAGCCGAGAUCCGCCAUUCUUGCACCAAGAGGGGUUCCGUUGACGGAAUCCAAUGCCAAUGGUAUGAUCUACAUUUUUGGAAAUACGGUUUAUCGGGUUUGCGGAGUCUAUUGGAGAUAUCGGGGAAUGUCUUCUAUAUUUCCACCUGUGACCCCGUUAAUGGUUACCAGACUUGCUGUUGCCGUCUUCCUGAGAUACAACCCUCAAUUGUUGUAUGGACAGGUAAAUGAUUUCGCAGCGGAUGGAUCAUUAUACGCGAGCACACAGUGGCACUCAACCGAUUUUAGCUUCCAUCCUAUUGCAAUGGCGGCGAUCCUCUUGGAUGUUGCGGCCGGAAUUCCACUUGAAGACCCGCCGUACGACGUCGAUGUCUUCGUUACGAACACAAACCUCAACACACCCGACGACAGCUCGAUGCAAUUCUUUUGGCUUUACGGUGGAUAG